UAUACAUAUACAUAUAUAUAUUCCACAAUUAUUCAGUAGGUGGCAGUUAAAAGCCUAGAUGAGCUUUGCAGUCGCCAUUUAGGCAGUAGCACUGGCAGGGGCUGGAGCCAGUCCGUCCGUAAGAGCAGAGAGGGGAGGGCUGCGAUCCAGCCGAGAGCAGUACCCAGGAGCCAGGUUUUCUCCCCUAUCUGAGCAAGUGAAACACUGAGAAACAUGCCUGAGCAAAGCAAUGAUUAUAGGGUAGUUGUGUUUGGAGCUGGAGGAGUGGGGAAAAGUUCUUUGGUCUUGAGAUUUGUGAAGGGCACUUUCAGAGAGAGCUACAUCCCUACCAUUGAAGACACCUAUCGGCAGGUGAUCAGCUGUGAUAAGAGCAUAUGCACUUUGCAGAUAACUGACACCACAGGGAGCCAUCAAUUUCCAGCCAUGCAACGUCUCUCUAUUUCUAAAGGACAUGCUUUUAUUCUGGUUUACUCUAUCACCAGCCGACAGUCCUUGGAGGAACUCAAGCCAAUCUACGAACAAAUAUGUCAGAUUAAAGGAGACAUAGAAAACAUUCCAAUAAUGCUGGUGGGGAAUAAAAAUGAUGAGAACCAAAAUCGAGAGGUAGAAAGCAGUGAAGGAGAAGCCAUGGCUAAGAAGUGGAAAUGUGCCUUCAUGGAGACCUCUGCCAAGACAAACCACAAUGUGAAAGAGUUAUUUCAAGAGUUGCUAAACCUGGAGAAACGCAGGACUGUGAGUUUGCAAAUUGAUGGCAAAAAAAGCAAGCAACAGAAAAGGAAGGAGAAGCUGAAAGGAAAAUGUGUGGUGAUGUGAAAUUGCACUGUCAGAAAUCAGCUGUGAAGUCUCAUCUGACACUACGCAUGUAAAACCCAUAGACAGCAAACAACCAUGCAAGAUCCUAUUUCUUAAUACCUGUUUUAAAAGAAAUAUUUGGAAAUUGAAAAAAAUUAGGUACUGUGAUUGCUAUGAAAAAAACUGAAAAAUAAAAAUGUAUGUACUCUCACAAUUAAUUUAAGUAAAUCAGGAAGAAAACAAAAGAUGUCCCAGAAGACCUUAUUUUGUAAUUAACAAAAAAUAGAAGAAUUUUCAUCAUUUACAUAAUAUGAAAGAUCUGGAAAAUCAACUUAAUAUUAUCUGCAUUUGCAUAUAAUUGCAAGAGAAAGCAGUGCAUAAUAUCAGAAGAAAAACAAAGAAAUGGUUGUGAAGAAGCCUAGAACAUAGAAUUGCAUGCUGGAUGGUGUUAAUCAUUUCCUUCAAGAAUGCUGAGGAUGAACAAUUCUAUGCCAUAUCAUUACUGACUGGUAGGAGAGUGUGCAUAAGACAGCCUUGGAUCACCUGAAUAAAUGAACUCUUGCACAGUUACAGGAAGUGUGGGGAUAGCAGUUCAAAGGAAAAGAUGUUGCCUCUAUCCCCCCAGCAUGAUACUACUUUCUCGUGUGAUGCAGUAUUUUAACUUAAGGUUAAGUGGAAAAGCCAAUCCCUGUGAGAGAGUUGGAGAUCAUCUUUUCUGAGCUCAUUGCUUCAAGAAUGACCUGAGUUUCUGCCCCAUAUAUAUUUCAGAACAGACAUUUGUUUGCGAAGACUGCCAGAUGGAAUGGUGUACGUAUAAAACCAGAAAGCUUCUCCGGCGAGAACUGACGGGGAAGUUCCCUACAAAAGCCUCUGUGGGAGAGACUCAGUUCUAAUGCUGCUGCUGGUUAACUGAACACGUGGUGUGGUUAGUGAAUGAAUGGAAUGUCUUUUGAACUGUUGGUACCCUUGGAGAGGGGUUGGCAUAAUAUACAAAUUAUCAGACUAGCUGAGUGAUGCUUCUUUACAUUACUUUAUUGGAAGGGUUUAUGUUCAUGCCCUAUGAGAUCUUUUGCCUUUGUAUUGUCUGAAGUAUUUUAUAUUUGCCAUUUAAACUCAUGAUUUGAACUGCUGUGACUAUUUAUAGAACCAAAUAUAUGUCUGAAGUUAGUGCCCAUAGUCUCUAAAAGGAUUUUUGGGGGUAAAUGCUACAGGAUCUGGCAUAUUAAGAGUUGCAGUCAGGAUUGUGCUGUAGUGCAAUACAAAGUUCAGAACAGAAAACACAUUAUCUAAAACAUCCUGUCAGGGGAAACUGCUCUUCUCAAAACCUUUGAAAGGGGAAAAACACUAAAAAUUGUGAGUUUUCCUGGAUGUCUCUCCAAAGCUUUUGAAAAAACUAAUGUGAAUGACUGAAGUAAGUGUCCUAAUGAUGACAAAGGCCAUCUAAGAUAAAAUAAGCACAUACAAUUUUUAAAUGACACACUAAAAUUGUGUGAGUCACAAUUUGUACCUUAGGAACUGCUUUGAACCAAUAAAAAGGGCCUACCAUAUUUUUAGUAAAUGUUUGUGUCAAGAAACAUGGCAAAAUGAAGUCGAAUACUAAUAUUAUUAGCCUGCAUGCUAGUGCAUUAUAAAUAUAUUCCAGGGGAUGCUCAAAUGCAGUGGUUGCAUUAAAAAUUGUUACCUUGUUCCUUUCAGAGUUAUUGCUUGCUUUCCUUCCACCUUUCUAACAAAUGUGCAGAUAUUUCAGAGGUAGAGUAAUAGCAUACACAAGAAUUGCUACUAGAAAGGAGCACAACUUCUGUCAUUCAGUCCGAAGAAAUUCUGGCAACAGUAGAAUCAAGUGUGAAAUUCCUACUGAUUUCACAGACAAUUUUUUUUUGGUGUUUAUUUCAUUGCAUUGAGAAAACUGGAAAGAGCAUGGAAAAAGCUAAUGCUCUUCAUAAACAGUAAAUUGCAGGCUCUUAAACAACACUCUUUCUUCAUAAAUCUCAAAGCACUUUGCAAAAAUGACAACAUUAUUUUCUUAACUUCUCAGGUGGUGAAAGUGAGGCACAGAGGGAGGUAACAACUGCACAUAGAUUGUCCAGCAGGAUAGUGACAGACCCAGGAACAAAAGUGGAUCUCCUCUGUCACAGUCCAGUGCUCAUUCUGUGUUUUGUCAGACUGUCUCUUCACAUUCUUAAAUAGUUCCUGAAACACAAAAAAGAAGCCUGGUUUGACCUAUCCAGCCAAGUGCAUCUUUCUUGACAGUCUGUCAAUAGAUCAAAAAGUAUUUCCAGAUCAGGGAUGCAAAACACUUAAAAGCACUAUGUUUAGUAAGACUUUUAUAAAUGUUUAUACGUUUAAUCUGUUUGUAA